AGAUGAAUUACCAAAUGCUAACGUUACCAUUUGACACUACAUUUAAGAUACCGCUUACAUUAUUAUUAUUUGUUUUUUACUUUACAGAGAUGAAACGUAUAUAGGCAAUUUUUCAUUUGAGUGAGGCACAUGGGGAGAUAGGCAAAGGCAAUCUUUUACAAAGGCUAAUUUGUAACCACUAUUUUUGUGGUGCUGUUGUCGCUUCUCCAAGCCUUUUGAUCUAACCGCCGUACUAAAAGCAUGUUCGAUCCUCCCAUCUGUCAGAUUUCUGGCAAAUCAUAGAGCAGCCCCCAUGCAAGUGAGUUUUCGCUGAACAAGAAACUAGUUUUUUUUUGUCCACCAUGGCAAAGCAGUAUGACGUUUUGCUUAGGUUGCUACUUUUAGGAGAUUCCGGGGUUGGAAAGACCUGUUUGUUGUGCAGGUUCACGGAUAAUGAAUUCCAUUCGUCGCAUAUCUCUACACUUGGAGUGGAUUUCAAAAUGAAAACAUUAAAAAUAGAUGGCAUUAAAGUGCGCGUACAGAUCUGGGAUACUGCUGGCCAGGAACGGUACCAGACCAUCACCAAGCAGUACUACAGACGGGCACAGGGUUUUAUCCUGGUGUAUGACAUCACUAGUUCCCGUUCCUUUCAGCACAUUGUGAAGUGGGCUAGCGAUGUGGAUGAGUUUGCACUUGACAAGGUGCAGAGGAUCCUGGUGGGGAACAAGGCUGAUGAGGAGCAGAAGAGGAAAGUGCCUAAAGAACAAGGGAACAAGCUCGCAAAAACCUACGGAAUGGAGUUCUUUGAGACAAGUGCCUGCACCAACUGCAACAUAAAUGAGUCGUUCAGCCGGUUGACAGAGCUGGUCCUGCAUGCUCACAAGAAAGACAUGGAUGCCUUCCAGGGUUCAAUGAAUAAAUACCUAGACAUGACUUAUCUGGAGGGAGAGCAGGACAAAGAGGACAACUCCCAGAAGGCCUGCGCAUGUUAGCAUGAGGCAAAACUCUCAACCUGGGAGUGUUUGGAUAAAAUAUUUAGUUUUUGCAAUACCUCUGGCCCUGUGACAUAAUGGCAAUGAAAUGAUGAUUAACUUAUUAAAUCUGUGAGGACAGUUGAGUCGGAAGAUUACAUACACCUUAGCCAAAUACAUUUAAAUUCAGUUUUUCACAAUUUUUUUCAGUUUUUCACAUUAAAUCCCAAGUAAAAAUUCCCUGUUUUAGGUCAGUUAGGACCACCAC